GGCGGAGUCCAUAGGCCCCGCCCCCGGGGCUGCGCGGGCGCAUUGGCUGUACCGGGCGCGGGCGCUCGGUAGCACUUUGAACCGGGCGUUGAGCAGCUGGGACCGGAGUUGUGCUCACCGGGGUCGGGCCAGGUCGCUGCUGCUCUGGCCAUGGCCGAGGCACGCGCAUCUCGCUGGUACUUUGGGGGGCUGGCUUCCUGCGGAGCCGCUUGCUGCACGCACCCGCUGGACCUGCUCAAGGUGCAUCUACAGACCCAACAGGAGGUGAAGCUGCGCAUGACUGGAAUGGCACUGCAGGUGGUGCGAACCGAUGGCUUCCUGGCGCUCUACAACGGCCUGAGUGCCUCGCUGUGCAGGCAGAUGACCUACUCUCUGACUCGGUUCGCAAUCUACGAGACCAUGCGGGACUACAUGACCAAGGACUCCCAGGGGCCUCUCCCCUUCUACAACAAGGUGUUGCUGGGCGGCAUCAGUGGUUUAACUGGAGGCUUCGUGGGGACCCCAGCAGAUUUGGUCAAUGUCAGGAUGCAGAACGACAUGAAGCUGCCCCCGAGCCAACGACGCAACUACUCUCAUGCCCUGGAUGGUCUGUACCGUGUAGCCCGUGAAGAAAGCCUGAGGAAGCUCUUCUCUGGAGCAACUAUGGCGUCCAGCCGUGGGGCCCUCGUCACUGUGGGCCAGCUGUCCUGCUAUGACCAGGCCAAGCAACUGGUCCUCAGCACUGGGUACCUGAGUGACAACAUAUUCACCCACUUUGUCUCCAGUUUCAUUGCCGGCGGAUGUGCCACGUUUCUGUGCCAGCCCCUCGAUGUGCUGAAGACUCGCCUGAUGAACUCCAAGGGCGAGUACCAGGGUGUUUUCCACUGUGCCAUGGAGACAGCAAAGCUUGGACCCCAGGCCUUUUUCAAGGGUCUCUUUCCCGCGGGCAUCCGUCUCAUCCCCCACACUGUGCUCACUUUCAUGUUCCUGGAGCAGCUUCGGAAGCACUUUGGCAUCAAAGUGCCAACCACCUGACAUGGCCAGGGACACCUGGGCCAGGCUCGGUCGCUGUGCUGAGCUCCUUGGAAGAGUGGGAAGGGAACGGGCUCUCUUCCUUGGCCUGGGCCCAUGCUGGUCCCCAGCAGGCUCCUGCUCUUCCCUGCCUUGGGCUGCUGGCUAUGCCUUCCGACCCUGCCUUGGCCCCACUCAAGUGGCACCUCUGCCCUACUUACUCCCAGGCUCUCCCCACUGGGUCACCCCGUCUUCCUAUCCGAUGAUUCACUCAGAAGAGGUCUGGCCUGGCUGGUGUCACUGUCCCCACCUCCCUGGCUGCUACCGUGCCCUGCCUGGCAAGCCCAGCGAAGCCGAGUUCGUUUCCUGCUCCCGCUGGCCCUCUGUGCAGGGAGCAGUUUCCGCCCAGAACUUGGGUAGUGUGGCAGGGUACGGCCCGUGGCAGCUUCUGCUUACCAAAUGACUAGAGCACACACACAAGCACUUUGUCACAAGAGGGACCACCGUGCUGUGUUCUGGAAGGUAGUGCCUUCAGGAGAGGGGACAGGCAGGCAGCGCAGAUUACCAGCAGAAGCCAUGACCGUGGAGUCCAGAGAAAGUGCCUGGGGUUCCCGAGCGCACCUCCUGUAUGCAGCCUUGGCUGCUCUAAUGGUCAGUUUUGCUGAACCCUCCUGCUCAGCGGCUACUGCCGUCACCAGGAACUGUCUGUGUCCCUCACACGCCUGUGCCCUCCCUUGCCUGGCUUCCCCAGGGCCAGGUGGGCAUGCUGGCAGAGCUGGGGCAGUGAUGGAUUCAUCGUUUGUGCCCUCCCAGGACCUGGCUUCCUGUAUGGCAGGCAUCACCCUUCACCAUCCCUCAGGCUUCGAAGCAGCCUGUUUUCCCUCAAAUGGGGUUGUGUGUAUCAAAACGAGGUUCGGCCCUGUGCCUCCCACAGGUCCUCCCCCAGGAAGUGGCAGCAGCCCAGGGGCACUGCCUACACCUCUCUUCAGGAUCUAAUAAACCAAGUGGCCUGGGAGGCCUUUCUGUCUUCCCUGCACACUUGGGGGCUGGCAGAUCUUUGAGCUCCUUCACCGCUAAGGACAAUGCUGUCACCUUUGUAUCCACUAAGUCAGGACUACCUUACAGGAUAGAGCCUAUGGGAAGAAUUCUUAGACGUCUGUGAGCAGGAGGAAAUGGAAAUAACAACAGAAGCAGGCCUCUCUAGAGCCAGUCCCAUGCAGCUGCUCACUGGCCAGAUGGCCGGCAAGCAUGGGAGAACUAAGGAUGCCCUGGGGUGCAGACAGACUGAGAUGCCCAGGCUAUGACAGUUGUACUGGCUUAGGCUGGGCCUAAGAGUAUUCAAGUACGUAAGCAGAAACAGGAUGUCAACUAGGGGUACCAGGACCACAGCUCUGAACACAACUGAUGCUUGGGUCAGAAGAAACCCAGUGCACUUCACUUCAGGGGCCACAGCCCAGGUACGAUCAUGUCAUAGGUAUAAACAGUUCCGUGGACAUUUCUGAAGACACCAAGUUUGCCAAAACUAGAGUAAUUUGUUACUUGGGUAAUGCAAGGAAGCCUAAUGUUGCAUUUCCACUCCAGAAUCCAGAACACCUAACAACUAGACUGUGUGGGUUUUAGUCUCUACAGUGUUGGGUCAAACCGUAGGCUUUACACUUGGUAGCCAUGCACUGUGGCAGCCACAUGCCCAGCCUCUCCUGUAUACCUCACAGAAGGGGCUGCAACCCACCUGGCCUCCUAUGUGAUUGAUAUUCUGCCUCAGCCUUCCCAUUACUAAGAGGUCAAGUGUGGACUAGCUCCUUGUCUAGAUACCAAGUUCUAGGCUAGCCAAGGCUACAUUGUGUGGACUAGCCUUGCACACAAACGUCUCAAGAAAACACGUUCUGUGUGUGGUGGCUUGUACCUGCCAUCCCUGCAGAUCAGCAUGUGUCGAAGGCCAGCCCUGGGUACUGAGUGAGGUCCUCACUCAAGGGAACAGGUGGGUGGAGCCACAAGGUCUAACCCUAAAGCCAGCGGAGAAAAUUAUACUGGUGUCCCACCUGUUGACCACAAAAACAGAUCUGUACAUACUACUGCAUCUCGGAUAGGCAUUCUGGUUGGGGUAGCGCAGUGGGAGACACAGAUGAGCAGGCCAUUCUAGGUUAGAAUCCACCCUUGUGGCUCCCCAGAAGAACUGUUUCUCCAGAUCCCAGCCAGCUUCCAAGAACUUGCUCCUAAACCAGAAACCACUGGCUGGUCAAGCUCUUCACAGAGCAGCUUUGAUUUGGAGCCCAGAACAGGUCUUAUCUGUGGCACCAGGGCUACUGGGGAAGCUGAUACUACACACCUUUCCUCCCAGGCAGCCUCACUGGCGGCCAGCCCUACCCAGCAAAGUCUCCCUGGAGGCGAGAAAGUACCCAAUCUGGUUUGGUGGGGUCAGACCUGGCAACAGGCCCUGCAGGGCAAAGGGCAUAAGCUUAAGGCAGGCACCUUGGCUUCCCUACCACAGGGGAGGGCAGCUAGAAGAGCUUCCUGCCCCCUGCAGAGAGAGCUACUGAGGGAAGGGGGAACAACUAGGGCAGGUCAGAGGACGGGGAGCAGUCCCAUUCCACUUGGACCCUGGGCACAGUUUCAAGGCCUCAGCUGUCAGCACUUUUCUGUCAACCUUAGGCCUUUUUUUCCCUAAAGGAUGACUUUAUAGUUCACCAAAAGGUGAAAAGUGACUUUUUUACUGCCAACAGAGGUGCUGGGACAUGUGUACAAAGGAAAAAAAAAAAUCACUUUUUGUGCUUGCUGUGUGAACAAGAACUAAGUUUUGGGUCCCUGGGUGGAUGGGGGGUGGUGGGAGGGCAGAUGCUCUGACCAGCAGCCAAUCCAGUCAAAUUGGCAAGAUCCAGGUAGGUCUGGUGAGAGACACUGUCUCGAGAUGGAGAGAGGAAGACUCUGAUAUUGACCUCCAGCCUCUAAACAUGCAUACAUGGGCACAUGUGUACACACACAUCUUUCCAAUAAAUGCCACCGUGAGAGUUGC